AUGACAAUCGGAUCCGAGGUGCCUCAGCAUCCAGAGGAGCUACAUUCGCCCAAUAUUCUGGUUGUCGGCGCUGGCAGUGUUGGCGCCAUCUACAUACAUCAACUCCAACGAGCAGGCUGUAUCGUUAGCGCCGUGUGUCGGUCCAACCACGAUACCGUGAGCAAAGACGGAUUUACUCUGCAAAGCAAACUCUUCGGCAACGUAACCUAUAAACCUGAUUAUGUUUUUCGCUCAACAUUGGAUUGUCCAGCCCAUACGAUUUAUGAUUAUAUUAUUGUGACCACAAAGGCCCUGUCUGGUAGCCAACUACCACUAGUCGACCUGAUCAGGCCUAUCAUCCAACGGGACGCUAGGACGGCAAUCGUCAUGGCGCAGAAUGGUAUCGCCGUGGAGGACAUAAUUGCAGAGGCAUUUCCCGUGAACCCGAUUCUCAGUGGGGUAGUAUAUCUUCCUGCAAUGCAAAUAAAGCCGGGGGUUGUUAAGCAUCAUGGCACACUCAAUUUACUGGAGCUAGGUACUUUCCGAGCAGAUGCGCCAAAGCCACACAAAGUGGCCGCGGUGGAUUUAGCCCGUCUCUUCUGUCUAGGUGGGGGGCAAGUGGAAGUGUGUGAAAAUAUUCAGACUGCCCGUUGGUCAAAGCUAGUUCUAAACGCUGCGUGGGGUCCCAUUUGCGGUCUGAGCUUAUGCACUGAUGGUGACUUCCUCACCUCUUCGCCAUUCGCCGCUGAUCUGGUCCGCGGGGCAAUGAUGGAGAUAGUCCGAUUGGCCCAGAAGAUUGGUAUUCCCGGUGUUGAUGAAAAAGUGAUGGAGAAACAGUUUUCAAUUGCAAAGAUGAGGGCACAGAAUGGGACAGGCCGCGAAGUAAGCAUGUUACAGGAUAUUCGACGCGGACAGCCGUUUGAAAUUGAGACCAUCCUCGGAGAACCGGUACGAUUAGGCCAGCAACAUGGGGUGGAAAUGCCCCGGCUUGAGACGCUGUACGCUUUGUUGAUGGGUAGGUUAAAAGCUUUGACCGGACAUAUGUAA